CACAAAAAACAACAACAGCAUUUAAACCCCACAUCAACUUGCAGCUUGUGGAGCGAGAGACACGGUCAGUGAUUUUCAUUUGGACUUCAAGACGUAGUUGGCCUGUCUACGUUUAAUUAAUUCUAACAGUACUAAUCCCCGUUUCAAAACGAUGGCAAAUGACUGCGAGGCAUGGCUGAACGCAAACCCUCUGGACGCAGAUGACCUGAGCGACUCGUUUCAGUCAGGCGAUGAGGAGAAUGGCAUUUACACCAACAAUAUAAAGAACGAAAUCAAUGGCAACUGGAUUUCGGCACCUACAUCCAGCAGCAGCAUCCACGAGGCCCGUCUCAAAGCCAAAGCAAAGAGGAGACUGAGAAAAACCUCUUCCAGGGACUCUGGGAGAGGAGACUCGCUUAGCGAUAACGGUGACGUCUCCCGGGGCACCAAUGGCACUGUACCCCCGACCAGCCCCAAGAGCAAACUGCUGGACAGGAAGUCCCGGGCUGGGAAGGGAAGAGGUCUACCAAAGAAAGGCGGGGCUGGAGGCAAAGGAGUGUGGGGGCCACCUGGAGAAGUGUACGACCUGGAGGAGGUUGACGUUAAAGACCCCAACUACGAUGAAGCUCAGGAGAGCUGCGUGUAUGCCACGGUCGUCCCUCCACUGGAAGAGGGGGACUUCGAGAAGACCAUCACUCCCAUAGUGCAGGAGUACUUUGAACACGGCGACACCAAUGAAGUAGCGGAGCUCCUAGCGGAGCUGAACUUGGGCUCCAUGUCGAGCGGCGUGCCCGUGCUGGCUGUGUCCCUGGCCCUGGAGGCUAAGGCCAGCCACCGGGAGCUCACAUCCAGACUGCUGACGUACCUGUGUGGCCGCGUGCUGAGCCAUAAGGACGUGGAGAGCUCCUUUGAUAAGUUGCUCCGGGAGCUGCCCGACCUGGUGCUGGACACGCCGGGGGCUGCUCAGCUCGUUGGUCAAUUCAUCGCCCGGGCUGUGAGGGACAAGAUCCUUUCUAAGAGCUACUUGGAUGGCUACAAAGGCCGUGUCGACUGUGUACAUGCAAGGGCGGCCCUGGAUCGGGCGGCGGUGCUGCUGAAGAUGAGAAUGGACGGCCUGCGUGUGGACAAGGUCUGGGGCGCGGGAGGGGGUCAGAGACCUGUCACGCAGCUCGUCAAGGAGAUGACCCUGUUGCUGAAGGAGUAUAUUUUGUCUGGAGACAACCAGGAAGCCGAGAGAUGUCUGAGAGAACUAGAGGUACCUCACUUCCACCACGAGUUUGUCUAUGAGGCAGUUGUCAUGGUGCUAGAGUCCAAAGGAGAGAAAACACUCAAAAUGGUGCUGCAGCUGCUGAAGUUUCUGUGGGUGUCCUCUGUCAUUACUGUGGACCAAAUGAGACGGGGAUAUGAAAGAGUUUACAUGGAUAUAGCUGAAAUUAACAUUGAUGUCCCUCGUGCGUACUUCAUCUUGGAGCAUUUUGUCGACAAGAGUUUCAGUGCUGGCUUCAUAUGUGAAAAUCUGAGGGACCUUUGUCCUUCUCGGGGCCGGAAGAGGUUUGUGAGCGAGGGCGACGGUGGUCGCUUUAAACUGGAAAGCUACUGAGGACCCAUUUUGUUCCAGAUGUGUUCUGUAAAACUAAAGCUAGUUUUUACUAUGAUACAUAUUUUGUCAUAAUGGUUGGGUACAAAGCUGUUUUUCCCCCCCCUCUUAAACAGUGGAAACAUGUACAUUUCUGGGAAAGGGGGGUGGGGUUCUAAAAAUUCAUAAAAUGGCACUUUGUUUUUGGUUUUUUUUAGGUUGAAAAGAAGUUAGUAGACGACACACCACUUUAAGGUGUUUGAGUAUACAUUUAUAAGCUAAAAUCCAGAAAGUGCCACACCUUAUGAUGACUGAGUCAUUCCAAGUUGUUUUUUGUAUUUUCCUCUUGAUUUCACUGCCACUUCCUUGUUUUCUAGACCAAAUCAGUGUUUGUACAGAAAUUCUGGUUUGUGAGUAUGAAGCUUUAUAAUAAUAAUAAAAAAAAAAGGGGGUCAGGGGUGGCACAGAUUGUUGUUUCAAAGCAAUACUUCUCUCAGCGGCUGUUGUCUGUUCUAUACAUCAAGUGUAGGAGUUAUGCAAGAGAGCACAGAUUUGGAUACUAGGCUAGUCUGUGUCAAUGCUAUGCUCCUGUUUUUUUCUCCUUUAGCUCAAAGAUGUCAUCACUCAAAGUAAUUAAUUUAGAGCUUGGACAUUAGGACCUGGCUGGGAUCAUUCAAAACAAAAUGGUGUCCAGGAUUAUUUUUAUAUUUGGGAAACACUGUUGUGCAAAAUAAUGUACCAAGUUUAAUUGCUCCCUGUUUGUCUGAAGUUCAGUAAAUUGGUUUACAAAAUGUAUGCUACUGUCUGAACUGAUGUAGAUGGAUGAAAAAUGACCUCAGUAUUAGAAUUUUAAUCCAGGACCAUCAAAAAAGGUUUGAAGAAUUUAUUCACAACAUCAAAAGGAAACAUUACAUUACAUACUCUUAAUUCAACCUCUCAGAAAUUAAACAUUUACAAUAUUCACAGCUAGUACACAUUUUCAUAAACCUAUAGAAUAUGUUGAGACCUUGAUGCCAUAGCAUAGUUGGCGACAGAGAAGUUGCAAAGGUUGUUUGUGUUAACUUCUGGCCUUAAAUGUGUCUGCUUAAACGAU